CAUCUGCCUAAACUGUACCACAACAAUCACCCGCUCGUUUUAAUGUUUCCAAUAGUACCUUGAACCCUCCUUCCUCUCUUAUAAUACAUGUCGUUCGACUACGAAUCUGCUCUUUCUUCACGAGAAUCGGAUGGCGUAGAUAAGGAAUUGCAGAUAUUCAUACAAACGAUACAACAGAGAGCGGAGUUUCAGAAUCAUGUCAAUCAUUUAGCUUCUGUGUGUUGGGAUAAGUGUGCUUCUGGGUACCCAUCUUCGAAAAUGGAUGCUAAAAAGGCAAACUGUAUAGAAAACUGUACAGAACGUUACUUGGAUGUUUCAAUGCUUCUUCGUAGCAGGUUUCAAUCUAUGUUGGCGAAUUUGCAACAGUAGCAUGCUUCAACAAGUGAAAUAUUUUGCUUUGGACUCAUGUACAUAGUGUAGUAAAUGUCUUUAUUUUCUUCUAACCAGAAACCUUGUUUGUGUCCUUAACUGCACUGGUCAUGUAGACGUUUGUUCAUACGUACAAUUGUAAAAUCUAGUAAUUAACACAUGUUUUACUUUUCUAUAUAAACGGAAGUUUGUCUGAU